AUGUAUGUAAACGUAUUAUUAUUAUUAUCAUUAUUUCUUUCAAUUAUUAAUCAAUGUUUAUCGCUAAAUUCUUAUUCUAUUCAAUUGAAUGAUAUUGAUUUAAAUUCAUGUGAUAAUAGUAAUAAUGUAUUUGAUAUUCUUUCAUUUAAUCUUUGGUCAAACUAUUUGGAAAUACCAGGUGAUUUAGAUGUUUCAUUAUCAUUUUAUCUAAAUCGAAAUUAUUCUACAAUACAAUCAACAUAUACAAUUAAAAUUGAACGAAAAUUAGGUCCAAUAUGGAUUAAUUUACCUUGUAUAACUGAUCAUUGUUCUGAACAAUCUUUAUGUACACUUAUUCAAAAUUCAUGUAGUUCAAUAAAUUCUUGUAAAAAAACUUGUCAAUUAUCAUCCGGAAGUCAUACAUUAGAACAUAUUCGUAUUCCAAUAAAACCACAAUUAUUUGAACAUCAAUUAUUUACAAAUGGACAAUAUAAAUUUAAAAUUAAAUUUUAUGAUCAUACAAAAACAUCUAUUGGAUGUUUUAAUGGUUAUAUAACACUAAGAAAUAGCGUAUAA